UCAGUAGGAGCCGAGCCAAGGACCUGCUUAAGAAAAACAAAGAUCAGCAGGACUCUCGUGUUAAUCGUCAUCGGAACCCUCCAAGAGUAUUCAGACUGGACGAUCAGGUCUUUGUAAUUAAAUACUCCCAAUCAGUUGGAAAGCUUGACUCGGGCAUGCGAGGCCCUUACCGCGUGGUCAAGGUCUUACCAAGCGGGCGAUACGAGUUAAAGCUUUUAAGCGGCGCGCGUGGCAAGACCACCCAAGCAGCGGCCCAAUAUAUGGUGCCUUGGAAAGGAGAGUGGUGCCCUGAGAGUUGCGCUGCCUUUUUCGAAAGCUAUGAGGGUGAUGAUGACGAUGUUGAGGCUGGCCCUUCGGCAUCCCAUGCUGACUCCGAGGGUACACAAGAUACGCCUGAGGAGAUACUUCGGGCAGAUCUCGCGCUGAGUGAUGACGAUGACCCGGCUGCAGCCGUGUCACCAACUUUCACCGGCUCUUCAGGAGACUCCACGCAAGACACGCCUGAGGACAUACUUCGGGCGGAUCUCGCGCUGAGUGAUGACGAUGACCCGGCUGCAGCCGUGUCACCAACUUUCACCGGCUCUUCAGGAGACUCCACGCAAGACACGCCUGAGGACAUACUUCGGGCGGAUCUCGCGCUGAGUGAUGACGAUGACCCGGCUGAGGCUGUGUCACCGACUUUCACCAGCUCUUCGAGGAACUCUUCUUGAAGAUGCGGCCGGGGACGGCGCACGUUCAGGAGAGGCCGUAUUAGGAUAGUCCGUUACGAUUUAUUUCAAAUCGAGUGGCAUCACCGCCAACGCCUAUAAAAGAGGCACUCGGCGCAUGGGAAACUCAUUUGCCCGAGCGACUCCGAGCGGUGAGGUUGUUGGAUUGGUGAUCGGCCCGAUUUGCAGUAAGUCGUAUCUUUUCAUUAUUUUUGGUGGUGAUUAUUUUUGUGUAAAUUAGUGGCUGUUUGAUUUGAUUCCAAUUUCUUUGUAAAAUCA